AUGUGUACCGACCUGUUCCUCUUUAUCCAACCUAUUCCUGCCAUGUGGAGGUUGCAUCUUCCUGUGGCAAAGAGGCUGGGCUUGAUUGCCAUGUUAUCCCUUGAUUUAUUGGUUUGCGCCACUUCGAUUAUUCGCAUCAAUUUUGUCACUCGAAUUGGAGCUGAUGCUACUUAUGAAUUUGCCGAUCCCAUGAUAUGGUCCCAAGUUGAGUUGGCCUCUCUCGUCAUAUGUUCCACAAUCCCGUGUCUUCGCCAGGUCAUUCAAAAGGUCCCAUGGCUCAACCAUGCCUUGGGACUCUCGAGUGGCCGAAGAAGUUCGAAUAACUACUAUGGAUGGAGCGGCUCCAAGAAGACAGGAGGAUCUAUCCCGCUCAGAAGCUACAACCAGAACCAUAAGGAUGGCUACCUACCGAGCAAGUCAAAAGGCAACACCAAGUAUGGAUUGACAAGUCACGCUAUUGGCGGCGCACAUACCAAGAAUGAUCGCACGGAGGAAAUUUUCCCACACAAUACCGACGGCAAUGGUGCUAUUUUGGUUGCUCAUGAGAUGACUCAAGAUGUCGAGUCACAUAAUUCCUCAUCAGCACCUUCGAUAACACAUGUCGAUGACUGCGAAGGGGACAUCGAAAGCGGACCGGGCUAUCGAUAG